AUGCCUGGCCAGGUCACCCACUGCAUGUACUACAAGUUUGGGGAUGGUGUCGUGUGUCACGGAAGUGAGCCACCCAUCCCCCGCGGUCCUGCGAACAGAUCUGUCAUACCCACAUCUUCGAUCCCUGUUGUUGACGACUGUGCCGCUCUGAACCCAGCCAGAGGACGGACUAUUCGACAGACGCUAGCAGAUGAUACUAUGAAGGACUUCAUAUGGGGACGAACCGAGGACGUGACCCGAUGCCUCAAUAAUCUCACCAUCACCAACUUCGAUGCCCUCUUCACUCUCCACAACCUCAAGUACGGCCUGGCUGAGACCUACGCCUUUACUGACAUCGCUAAUGGCUUGGACGACUCUGUGGAGGUCGACACCUGCAACCUCAAGCUGCAUUCUCUUGACGUUGACAUCGACAGUUUCAUUGAUGACAGGAUAAGUGAGUAUGCCGCCGCGCGAGAGCAUCCCAGCGGCCCCUUCUCCCUUUGCUCUACAGCGGACUUCUACUUCGUGCUUCCAAUUCGCUUCGAGUCGUAUAUGCGUGACGGAGCCCAGGUCGUAAAUCUCGGCUUCCCGAAUCUCAACGAAAUAUACUACCCCGGCGUCUAUGGCAAGCCUGUUACUGCCCUCAUAGAUAUCGUUCACGGUGAUGAACACUUCAUCAGAGGAUAG